UGGGAAGUUACACAUAUACUCUAUAAAUCUGUCAAAUUUUGUUUACUUACGUUUAAGAGCUGUACAGAUUUGCCGGUUACUUCAUUUGGUUAUUGAUAAUCACGUAGUUAUUUUAGUACUUUCCGUGUUAAAUUUGAUAGCAGAGUGAGUGCACGUGCGGCAUAUUUCUACUAUUACCGUAUCUUAUUUUAAGAAUUUAAUUUGUGAGAUUCUCUCCGACCAAGACUAGAGCGUAAAACAAACGUCAACAAUGAGCCUGAAAGCAAUCAAGUACAGUAACGGAAAACUCGAAAUUUUGGACCAACUUUUGCUUCCAGCUCAAUCCAAGUACAUAGAUGUUAAGGGAGUCGAAGAUGGCUGGAAAGCAAUCAACAAAAUGCAGGUACGAGGCGCCCCUGCGAUAGCGAUUGUUGGCUGCCUAUCGCUGGCGGUUGAAAUUUUCGGUGAAAAGUUCGACACCAAACAAACUUUCAAGCAGGAGGUGGAAGGCAAACUGAAUUAUUUGGUUUCCGCCCGACCAACGGCAGUCAACAUGAAGCUGGCAGCUGAGGAUUUGAUAUCUCUGGCGAACGCGCUGGCACAAGACGAAUCUAUUUCGGUAGAUACUAUGAAAGAAAGGUUUCUGAAGGCGAUUGAAGACAUGCUUGAUAAGGAUAUUGCCGAUAACAUGGUGAUCGGUAAAAAUGGUGCCGACAUAAUUCUAUCCCAUAUUCCCAAUGGAGGGUCGGUCAGGAUAUUGACGCAUUGCAAUACUGGAUCACUGGCGACUGCAGGCUACGGAACUGCACUUGGAGUAAUUAGAAAAUUACACGAAAUGAAUCGAUUAGAACAUGUCUAUUGCACCGAGACGAGGCCAUAUAAUCAAGGUGCUAGGCUGACGGCCUAUGAGCUGGUUCACGACAAGUUACCCGCAACGUUGAUUCUGGACAACAUGGUUGCAUCACUGUUCAAGUCUCGCCGAGUAGCGGCAGUAGUUGUUGGAGCAGAUAGAGUCGCUGCCAAUGGCGAUACGGCCAAUAAGAUCGGGACGUACCAGAUUGGAGUUGUUGCCAAGUAUCACGAUGUACCAUUCUAUGUGGCGGCACCGUUCACAUCGAUUGACUUGAAAAUUCCAUCCGGCGAUCGUAUUGUAAUUGAAGAACGGCCCGAUCGUGAAAUGACUCAUGUAGGAGAACACAGAAUUGCCGCGCCUGGAAUUGCAUGUUGGAACCCAGCAUUCGAUGUUACUACAGCUGAUUUAAUCACCGGUAUCAUCACGGAGAAGGGAGUGUUCAAGCCAGCUGAACUAAAGGAGAAGGUAGAACAAAUUAUAUCGACGAACCAAAAACUAUGAAAACUAUAAUUUAGAUUAUUAUGUUUAUCGAAAUAAACUGUUUAUUUUGUUGCUCAUGAGCAUUUCAUAAUAUUA